CACACGGUGCCAAUACUAUCUGUCACGAUCGUAUCAGUGGUUAUCCACGGGUAGUUUAUAUUUGGAAGUACUUGACACUGACAGAAACAAAAAUAAUUAUCGUAAAAGUCAGUACUGAGUGAAACAAGUGUGUUUGUCAUUUGCAUGACUUGAAAUUUAAUUCAAUGUAACUUUCAAAUUUAUGCCUACAUUUUGUAAAGGUUAAACAUUGUGACUGAACUAUUUCAAGUACUAGAGAUUAUUUUGCUACUUCUAUUUAAUAACCGAUAAGCAUCUCUGCUUAUUUCUCCUUACAAGUAAAUAAGUUAUCAAUUGUGAUAAAAUUCUUUUAUAUAACUUCAAAGCAGAUUAGUUUUUGAAAUAUUCAUAAACAUGGCAAGAACUGGAGCUAUGAAAUUAGCAAGACUUCGUGAACUCAUGGCAGCUGUUCAAGUUGGCAAGGAAAAAGGAAUUCAGGCGUUAAUUGUUGGUUCUGAGGACGCUCAUCUAUCAGAAUACAUAACAGAUCGGGAUAAACGACGUCAUUAUAUUUCCGGAUUCCAAGGAUCACUUGGUACAGCAAUAAUUACUGCUGAACAUGCUCUACUUUGGACAGACGGAAGGUAUUAUGCUCAAGCUGAGGCUGAAUUUGAUCCACCUGAUGCUUGGACAUUGAUGAAAGAGGGAACUAUCGGUACACCUACUCAAGAAGAAUGGUUAAUAUCCAAUCUUCCGCCGAAAUCUACUGUUGGUGCUGACCCUAACUUGAUGAGUUACGCUGUUUGGAUACCACUUCAAAAUGCACUUAAUGCUGCCGGACAUUAUUUAAUGCCACUUUAUGAGAAUUUAAUUGAUAAACUUUGGGGAGAUGAACAACCACCAGAAGUUUUGAAUCCUAUCGUUCCUCAAUUAAUUAAAUACACAGGAAAAACAGCAGGUGAAAAAUUAACACAGUGUCGAAAAGCAAUGAGAAAAAAUCGAGCCGGUGCUCUUGUGAUUACUACCUUAGAUGAAGUUGCGUAUCUAUUAAAUUUACGUGGAUCUGAUAUACCUUAUAAUCCGGUAUUUUUCGCAUACGUAGUAAUUACACUUACGGAAUUUCAUAUAUUUGUAAACAAAUCUCGACUUACCGCUGAGGCGGAACAGCAACUUAUUGAUGAAGGUGUUGAUGCCAUAUAUCAUCCGUAUGAAGACGUGAGAUCAUUUUUGAAACAACUUACACUCAGUAAUUUAUUUAACUCUGGCAAUGAAAAAGAAAUUGAACGUAUUUGGAUUCAUAGCAAUACGAGUUAUGCUUUGCAUACCGAAUGCAAUGACAUUCAAAGACAUAUUUCUAUAACUCCAGUGAGAUUAAUGCAAGUUAUAAAGAACGAUGUUGAAAUAGAGAAUAUGAAGAAAGCACAUACAAGAGACUCAGCUGCGCUCGUUAAAUAUUUUGCUUGGCUUGAAGAUAAAGUCAAAAGUAAAUGUAAUCCUCCCAUCACAGAAAUAUCUGGUGCCGAUCAGUUAGAGAAGUUUAGAAGAGAGCAAGAAAACUUUAUCGGUUUAAGUUUCCCAACAAUUUCAUCAGUUGGACCUCAUGGUGCUAUAAUUCAUUAUCUGCCUUCACCCAAAACUGAUGUACCCAUUACAGACCAAGAGAUUUAUCUUUGUGACUCAGGAGCACAAUAUUAUGAUGGAACUACUGAUGUUACUCGAACAUUUCAUUUUGGUACUCCAACAAACUUCCAACGAGAAGCAUUUACUCGUGUGUUCAAAGGACAAACUGCCAUUGCCACUGCCAAAUUUCCAACGUUGAUAAAAGGAAAUUAUUUAGACGUGUUAGCAAGAAAGAGUUUAUGGGAUGUUGGACUUCAUUACCUUCAUGGCACUGGACAUGGAGUUGGCAAUUACUUGAACGUUCAUGAGUUUCCUACUGCGAUUUCAUGGCGCCCUUAUCCAGAUGACCCAGGUUUACAACCGGGAGCAUUUUUAUCUAACGAACCUGGAUUUUAUGAGGAUGGAAGUUUUGGAAUACGUUUAGAAAACAUUCAAUUUGUCGUUAAAGCUGAAACCCCAUACAAUCACAGAGAUAUAGGAUUCCUAGCAUUCGAGACUGUUACUUUUGUACCGAUUCAAACAGCUCUCUUAGACAUUAACUUGUUAACUGAUCAAGAGAUUGAAUACUUAAAUACUUAUCACGCCAAGUGUUUAGAAGUACUUCGACCUCUCCUCCAAGGAGAAGAAAAUGCUCAAGCUCUGAAAUGGUUGGAAAAAGAGACUCAACCAAUCACGAGAUAGUAAGACACAACAGGGUAAAUAAACAUUUAAAAUUUAUUUCUUUAUUUGCAAAUUACUUUGUAUCGAGUGUGUUUGAGGGUCUGAAUAAAAAUGUGAAAGAUUGGAAAUAAAUGAUUAAUAAAAAGAUAAUUAAUUUUA